AUGGGCGAUACAGAAGAUGCAAAUAAUAUACCAAAAAUAAAGAAGAAGAGCUUUAGAGGGGAGUAUAAGGAUUAUACUUAGAUCUAGAGAUCAGGCAAGCUUGCUUUAGAAAAGGAAAAUAAUGAUGAAAAUAAGGAGGAAGAAGAAGAUAAUGAGUUCUUUAAAAAUGAAGAUGAUCAUAUUCAAAUGAACUAAGAUAGAGGUUUAGAAUAAUAAAAGAGAUAGUUUGUUUCUCAAUUAAGUAUGCCACUUGAAACUCCAGAUGUUGUCAGAAGAAUAGUUAGUGAAAAUAUCAAGAACAUAUAUAAAAUGGGCAAACUUAUUGGGAGUGGUAACUUUGGAACUGUAAGAUUAGCUUGUCCUAAAUCUAAUCCUUACAAGUCUGUUGCAGUAAAAUCUAUUCCUAGGGAAAAGAUAGAAGAAGAGAUCUAGAUGCUUGAAUAGGAGUUACUAAUCUUGAUGGAAGUUGAUCAUCCAAAUAUCGUCAAAUUUUAUCAGGUUUACAGAGAUAAAAAAUACUUUCACAUUGUCAUGGAACUUUGUGAUGGCGAAGAACUUUUUGAACAUUUAACUUCUAUUGGGAAAUUUAGUGAACGUGAUGCCUCUAUUAUCAUCAAGCAAAUUCUUUCUGCUAUUAAGCAUUUACAUGAUAAAAAUAUCGCUCAUAGAGAUUUGAAACCAGAAAAUAUAAUAUUUAUGAAUUCAAAAGGAAGUAAUGAAAUCAAUAUAAAGCUAAUAGAUUUCGGCCUCUCUAAAUUGCUAGGAAUAGAUAAUAAGAUAAUGAUGACAAAACUAGGGACACCAUACUAUGUAAGCCCAGAAGUACUUGAAGGCAUUUAUGAUAAAAGGUGUGAUUUGUGGGCAGUUGGAGUAAUCGCCUAUAUAUUGCUAAGCGGUAAUCCUCCUUUCAACGGCAGGAACGAAGUAGACGUAUUUAACAAAAUAAGGUGCUGUGAUUUUGAGUUCCCAGAAAAAUAAUGGUCAUAUAUUUCAGACGAAGCCAAAGAUUUCAUAUCAUAACUGCUUCACCCUUAACCUGAUAAAAGGAUGUCAGCUGAGAAAGGAUUAUAGCAUAAAUGGCUUAAGAGUGCAUCUGAUAAUGUAGAGAUAUGCCAAGAUGUGCUCAACAGACUCCAAAAUUUUAACCAUCCAAAGAAACUUCAACAACAGCUGUUACUUUUACUAGUAAAUUAGAUGGAUGAAAAUGAGUUAAAAACCAGUAAAAAAACCUUCAGAGCUAUUGAUAGAGAUUAUUCCGGACUUAUCAGCCCUGGUGAACUCAAAAAUGCUCUUUCAAUGUCAAAUAAAGGUGAAUUGACAGAUGAAGAUAUAGAAAAUAUUAUAAAGAGGGUAGAUUAUGAUAAUAAUGGAGAAAUAAACUACAGUGAAUUUUUAUCUUGCACUAUUGAUGAAGGUAAUUUAAGUGAACAUAAUCUUUUUGAAUUGUUCAAAUACCUAGAUGUUUUUAGUUAGGGCUACCUAAACAAAGAAAGUUUUGUCAAAACUUUUUAAAGAGCUGGAAAGAACAUAAACGAAGAAAUGGUUGUUGGAAUGCUUUAGGAAUUGAACAUUGAUCCCUUGUCUAAAAUAAACUUCUAAGAUUUUUGUAAAAUUGUCAGGAAUAUAAGUUUCUGA